CCAACCGUCGCCGGGGCCCCCUGCUAAGACGCAGCUGGUGUGGCUGCGAGCCACAUCUGUCUGAAGCGAGCCAUGGCGGUGUCCGCUCGGUCCGCGCGGGCUAAUCCCGGAUCAGAUAAAGUGCUGAAAGACAAGGCUGAGCAGACCUCCGGGCCCAGGCAAGGCAGCCGAAUGAGGAAACUCUUGGGUUUUGAAUGGACAGACUUGUCCAGCUGGAGGAGGCUGGUGACCCUGCUAAAUCGACCAACGGAUCCUGCAAGCCUGGCUGUCUUUCGUUUUCUCUUUGGGUUCUUGAUGGUAUUGGACAUUCCCCAGGAGCGGGGGCUCAGCUCCCUGGACCGAAGAUACCUGGAUGGGCUGGAGGUGUGCCGUUUCCCCUUGCUGGAUGCCCUGCACCCACUGCCACUUGACUGGAUGUAUCUUGUCUACACCAUCAUGUUUCUGGGGGCACUGGGCAUGAUGCUGGGCCUGUGCUACCGGAUAAGCUGUGUGUUAUUCCUGCUGCCAUACUGGUAUGUGUUUCUUCUGGACAAGACGUCAUGGAACAACCACUCCUAUCUGUAUGGUUUGUUGGCCUUUCAGCUGACAUUGAUGGAUGCAAACCACUACUGGUCUGUGGACGGCCUAUUGAAUGCCCGUAGGAGGAAUGCUCAUGUGCCCCUUUGGAACUAUGCAGUGCUGCGUGGCCAGAUCUUCAUUGUGUACUUCAUUGCCGGUGUGAAAAAGCUGGAUGCAGACUGGGUUGAAGGCUAUUCCAUGGAAUACCUGUCCCGGCACUGGCUCUUCAGUCCAUUCAAACUAGUGUUGUCCGAAGAGCUGACUAGCCUGCUGGUGGUGCACUGGUGCGGGCUACUGCUUGACCUCUCAGCUGGUUUCCUGCUCUUCUUUGAUGCCUCAAGAUCCAUUGGCCUUCUCUUCGUGUCCUACUUCCACUGCAUGAAUUCCCAGCUUUUCAGCAUUGGUAUGUUCUCCUACGUCAUGCUGGCCAGCAGCCCUCUCUUCUGCUCCCCUGAGUGGCCUCGAAAGCUGGUAUCCCACUGUCCCAAGAGGCUGCAAGAACUGCUGCCUCUCAAAGCUGCCCCUCAGCCCAGUGCUUCUUGCGUGUACAAGAGGAGCCGGGCAAAAGGUGGUCAGAAGCCAGGGCUGCGCCAUAAGCUAGGAACUGCCUUCACCUUGCUGUACCUCCUGGAGCAGCUCUUCCUGCCCUAUUCCCAUUUCCUCACUCAGGGUUAUAACAACUGGACAAAUGGGCUGUAUGGCUAUUCCUGGGACAUGAUGGUGCACUCCCGCUCCCAUCAGCAUGUGAAGAUCACCUACCGUGAUGGACGCACUGGCGAAGUGGGCUACCUUAACCCUGGGGUAUUCACACAGAGCCGGCGUUGGAAGGAUCACGCAGACAUGCUGAAGCAAUAUGCCACUUGCCUGAGCCACCUGCUUCCCAAGUACAAUGUCUCUGAUCCCCAGAUCUACUUUGAUAUUUGGGUCUCCAUCAAUGACCGCUUCCAGCAGAGGAUUUUUGACCCUCAUGUGGACAUCGUGCAGGCCACUUGGUCCCCCUUCCAGCGCACACCCUGGCUAAAGCCACUCUUGAUUGACCUGUCUCCCUGGAGAGCCAAGUUACAGGAAAUCAAGAGCAGCCUGGACAACCACACUGAGGUGGUCUUCAUUGCAGAUUUCCCUGGGCUACACUUGGAAAAUUUUGUAAGUGAAGACCUGGGCAACACUAGCAUCCAGCUGCUGCAGGGGGAAGUGACUGUGGAGCUGGUGGCAGAACAGAAGAACCAUACUCUUCGGGAGGGAGAAAAAAUGCAGUUACCUGCUGGUGAGUACCAUAAGGUGUAUACAAUAUCGUCUAGUCCUUCCUGCUACAUGUACAUCUAUGUCAACACUACAGAGCUCGCACUAGAGCAAGACCUGGCAUAUCUGCAAGAAUUAAAGGAGAAGGUGGAGAAUGGAAGCGAAACAGAACCUCUACCUCCAGAGCUUCAGCCUUUGUUGGAAGGGGAAGUAAAAGGGGGCCCUGAGCCAACACCUCUGGUUCGGACCUUUCUUAGACGCCAGCAAAGGCUUCAGGAGAUUGAACGCAGGCGCAAUACCCCUUUCCACGAGCGGCUCUUCCGCUUCUUGUUGCGAAAGCUCUAUGUUUUUCGACGCAGCUUCCUGAUGACUUGUAUUUCACUUCGAAAUCUGGUAUUAGGCCGCCCCUCCCUGGAGCAGCUGGCCCAAGAAGUGACGUACGCAAACUUGCGACCCUUUGAGCCAGUUGGAGAAUUGAGUCCUUCAAACACGGAUUCUUCAAAUUCUGAACUUCCUGAAUCAAAUUCUGAUCCUGUCCACUCAGAGUUCUGAGGGGAGCCAGAUGGGUGCAUAUAUGGGAGCAGCCAGUCCCAUUUGAAGAAAUGAUCUCAGAUUUUUUUUACACUUUUUUUGUUGUCCAAAGCUUUUUUAAUUCAGAAAUGAUAGCUUAGAGGAGCCAAGGAAAUAAAGCAAGGGUAAGAUUUGUCAAUUCAAGAUUGAGGGACCAGGAAGAGGUUAGAAGCAAUGUGAAAAUGUCCUCCUAAGAUAAAAAGGUAAGAUUCAGGCUUAAAGUGACUGGCUUUUUGGGGAAAGAGAUUUAACGUACUAUGAUAAAAGUAAUAACUUCACGAGUGUUUGUUAUAUGUUAGGCACUGUGUGAAGCAGUGUACCUACAUUAUCACAUUUAAUCCUUAAUAGUCAUUAGCCCAAUUUUACAGUUGGAGAAACUGAGGCUGAGAGGCAAAAUAAUUUGCCCAAAUACAUAUAUCUAGUAAGAGACGGAUUGAUGGUUUGAACUUGUUUGACUUAAGGUCCUGGAAUAGCAUCAUCAAAGUUAACCUAAUAAGGAAAUUUAGAUAUUUGCCAGUAGUGUUUGUCUAAAAUAAACUUAGUAUUUGGUAUUAUUCUAGCCUUUAGUGAGCAGGUGGUGAUGUAAAAUAUGAACCAAAUUUGGUGAGGGAUUAGAGAAUGUUUAGAUACUUUGUAGGUUUGGAUGUUCAAGGGUGACUCAGGAAGCUCCUCAGUUCAGUGAAAAAUCAAAGGCUUGUCACUGAACUAGGAAGUGAGAAUGCACUUCCUGCUUCUGGGAGCACAUGGUCUCGUAGCAGAGACUGGCAGUAAAUUGGCAGCCUCAGUAACUUCUAUAAAGGAUUCCAUCUCUUUUUGCAGGCUUCUCUUCCCAUCCCCUAUCCCACCCCUUGGACAGUGGUCCCAGGGUUCUUUCUUAAGUCACUGCCUUUUUAUCAUACACACUUGGGAUGGUUGUGCCUACUGCAUGAUUUUCAGCGAUGUUGCUUAGAUCUCUUUUUUGUGCCCUAGAUCUAUAGAUCUAAGCUCCACCUGGAUAUCCCACAGGCCUAUCAAACUCAGUCUUUUUUUUUUUUUUUUGAGAUGACCGGUAAGGGGAUCUUAACCCUUGACUUCGUGUUGUCAGCACCAUCCUCUCCAAGUAAGCUAACCGGCCAUCCCUAUGUAGGAUCCAAACCCGUGGUCUUGGUGUUAUCAGCUCCACACACUCCCAAGUGAGCCAUGGGCUGGCCCUAAACUGUCCUUUUUAAACAGAAUUUACAUUCAUCCCCAACUCAGACCUGCUUCCUUUAUUAGUGAAUGACAACUCUGUGAAGGUUAAUUCUAGAUGUCAACUUGGUUAAAUGAAGGAAUGCUGAGAAACCUGGUAAAGCAAUCUUUUCAGGUGUGUCCAUGAGGGUGUUUGCAGGAGAGAUUAAUAUGAGAUUCUGAGUGGCCUGGGUCUGAAAGACUGACCCUAGGUGUGGGUAGGAACCAUCCAAUCUGCCGGGAGUACGGAGAGAACAAAAGACAGAGGAAAGAGGUGAAGCUUUCUCUCUCGAUCCUCUGGAGGUGGGAUACAUUUUUCUCUCCUGUCCGUGGACAUCAGAGUUUGAGACUCUUCAGCUUUUGGGUUCCAGAACUUACACCAAGGACACCAUCAGCUUCCCUUGUUUUGAGGCCUUUGGACUCGGACUGAACCAUGCUACCAGCAUCUGGUUUAUAGACAGCCUAUCGUGGAAACUUUUCUUCAUAGCCACGUGAGCUAAUUCCCCUAAUAAACCUCUCUCAUAUAAUUAUAACAUAUCCUAUUGAUUCUGUCUCUCUGGAGAACCUUAAUACAAACUCUAUAC